GUGCUGUGGGCGGGGCUCUGGUCGGGGUCUCGGGUCGGGAUGGAGAGCUCUUUUGCCGCUUUUGAUGACUCGCUUUUCGCGGGGAUCCCGGAGCGGAGGCCGGAGCCGGGGCCUGGGCCGGGCCUGUACCAGGCCAGACUGUGCGGCCCCGAGUGGUUUAGUGCCGAAAUAUGCACCGAUGAUGACGUUGAGAAGUUGACAGCAUUGAAAUUUCGAGGCGAUUUAGCAUUCAGACGUCAACAAUAUCAGAAAGCAUUGUGUGAAUACACGAGUAGCUUGGCCUUGGUCCCAGAGACGAACAUAGGUUUGAGAAGAGACCUGCUGGAGGCCCGAGCUCGAUGCCUAUGCUUUUUGAGCAGAGAGGAAGAGGCACUUGAGAUUGCCCAAGAGUUGAGACUCGAGGUAACGAACACAGACCAUCUAACAGCAUUGCUCAACCUCCUUAUUCUGAUUUAUCAGAGUGCUGGGUGCUUGACUAAAGAACUUUCUUGCCUGCAAGAGCUAGUUUCAUUGCAUCCUUUCAACCCAUGGUCCUGGAAAAAACUGGCUGCAACUUAUCUGCGUCUUGUUCAGGGCAUAUCAUCUCCAGUGGGGUUAACAGUCCUGACCCACAAGAACGUACUCUGUACCAAACAAAAGUCAAUUGGUGUAACAUCAACGGAGACUGAAAUCUCUAAAGCUUCAUCUCAAGGCUGUACGCGAUCAAAACUUCUGAGUGAAAGCCACAUAGGGCAAAGGGAUUGUGCCAGUCUGCUUGAAGAAGAAAAUGGCAACUUGGCUGCAGACUGUAGAAAGAGACCACAAGGAGCAGAAAACAGCAGCUGCUUUCUUUCAGGUGGUGCAGAUCACGUAGAAUGCAGCUCUGAGACACGAGUAAAUCUAGAUGACCUAUGGCUUUUCACAUGCUCCUCCUUGGUAAGAGCAAGACUUCUUUUGCAGAUGGUGAAGCCUCAGCAGUCUUCGUUUGUUCUGGAGAGGAACCUGAAUGCCCAAGAGGAGAUCGCACAAGAGGUCUUCAACUUGGGGCUCCGGGAGGAGGCGCUAAGUGCACUAACUGAGGUGAUGGGGGAUGAUCUUUCAAUGGACAGAUUUAAAAAUGAUGAUGCAGAAAAUGAAAGGUUGGCAGCUCUUCCAAAUUCAUCCAUGACGACCGGUGCCAUAAUGGAGUCGUACCCUGACUUUGAGGAGAGAUGGUUUACUAAGCUCAAAAGCCUAAACCUUCUGCUGUUCCAGCCAAAAACUAAAGCAGACAUUCCUGAGAAAAAGUUGGGGAGAGAAACAUAAUGGACAGUGAGUGUGGCUUGAUCUCUGCUAAAGACUUCAGACGUUCCUGUAUUUUGGAGUGAGUAGUUGCAUACCCUGUGUAAUGGCUUUGUGCGGAAACCACUUAGUCAAUGCAGUCAUUCAGUGGAACCGUACAAACAGUCAACUCGUAUCUCAGACCCAGGCUACAGCAGUUUAGUCACAAGAGACACAAGACCAACACAGCGUUUUAAGAUUGCUGACCUGUAGCUGGUCUGCUCCUUGUUACAGUCAGCCCAGCAGGCAAGAUAUUUCUAGUCUGAACCAUGGAACACACAUCAGUGUGGACUAGCAUCCUUCUUGUUCCUUUUCCCAAAUCAGAAAUUCAAGCGUAAUUUACUUACAUUGUGUGAUGUACAUACACUGUGGAUUAUCAUUUUCUAAUUGUAAAAAUGGUCUAAGUGAAUUUUUUUCUUCAGUAUUGAUCUUAUGUUUCUUAAUGUGUGGAAAUGGGAAACAAAAUUUUUAACAUUACAUUUAAACGAGGAUGCGUAUGA